GUCAUUUUUCUUCUUUGGUGUUUUUGGGCUUAGUUUGGUUUGGCUAAAUUAAUGUGUGUGGUGGAUCUGAUUUUCUGACAAAAUUACCAAGAUCUGAAAUUUUUGUUCCGGGUAUCUCGUCCAGUCGUUUGAGAUGGCAGAAGACGGGAAGUUCCGAAUUGAGAAGUUCGAUGGUAUAGAUUUCAGUUGGUGGAAGAUGCAAAUUGAAGAUUUGCUGGUUCAAAAAGAUUUGGACGUGGUUUUAGGUGACAAGCCAGAAAAGAUGUCGGAUGCAGAUUGGGCAGGUUUGGAUCGGAAAGCUAUGUCCGUGAUCCGUCUCUCGUUAACCAAGAAUGUUGCGUUCAACAUUCUGAAGGAGAAGACAGCGAAGGGAAUUAUGGACGUGCUGUCUAACAUGUACGAGAAGCCAUCUGCAGCGAACAAAGUUUUUCUGAUUAGAGAGCUGGUGAACACAAGGAUGAAAGAAGGCACUUCAGUUACCGAGCAUAUCAACAAGUUGAAUUCGAUCUUAGCCAGAUUGUCAGUGGGCAUUAAGUUCGAUGAUGAAGUUCAAGCUUUGCUACUGCUAUCGUCUUUACCUGAUAGUUGGUCCGGAACGGUUACAGCAGUUACCGGUUCAGUGGGACCCGAUGGAUUCACCUUUGAUCAGAUUCGAGAUCUCGUUCUUGGCGAGGAUGUCAGAAGAAAGAGUUCAGGGGAGUCAUCUGGUGAAUUG